CUCAACGACACAAACUUAUUGAAUUUUUCAAAAGUUCUUCAAUAGAAUUAAAAUUUAUUUAUUUUUGCAUUAAAGAAGGAGCAUUAAAUAAAACAAUUUAUGCUAGUUUGAAGUGAAAAUAAAAUUAGAUUCGCUGCUAAAGCGCGGUCUGCAAAAUUUUCUGUGCUAUUUUUUUGUGGGAAUUUAGUUGAGAAAUUUUAACAAAACGCAUUAAAAUUUAGAAGAUUCUGGAAGUAAGAGAGAGUAACUAGAGAUUGCAUAAGCUCAUAGAAGUGGUUUUUUUUUAAAUCCAACAAAAUAAAUACUGUAAAUGCCACAAAAACCAUAAAACUCCUGACAACCAAACAAAACAUCCACCCAACAAUAAUAGCUCACAAAUAUGAGUGAAACCCAAAGAACUGCAUGUCUGGAAUGGACUCUCGUCGAAAAGAAACCACCAAAGAAUGUCAUCGUUAACUCACCAAGCAUAUUUAAACAAAAUCAACAAAAAUCGUUACUAGAAAUCGAGGCAGAACGAAAUUAUAAUGAUCAAAAGAAAAUUGACAAUGAGGUUAUUGUAAGUGGAUUAAAAGCUGAACCGAAAAAAGAUUUUUGGUUGGAAUUGAUUAAUAUUGCUGGAAUUAGUGACGAAAAAAUUGAAAAUCAUGGAAACUUUAAAGGACAAAAUGGAAAAUUCUUCAUAACCAUUGGCUUUAAAGACAAAAUUAGUCAAACAUCAUUCACAAAAGAAAUCAACAGUAAGCAAUCGUUGAUCAAGAAUAAAGCUCGACAAUUUUUCGUCCAUAACCGCCUCACUAAGUUUAAUUCGUCUGUUGAGAAGGAAUUGCAAGAACUGACCAAAUCAGGUGCCAUACAUGGACACAAGCGUGAAGGAUACUUGUUUCAAGCCAAAUUCACUGGACACUCAUCAUGGACCCUAAUCAAUACACAGCAUGCUCUCAAAAAAUUCACUAAAGAAGCAACACAAACCAAGAAAAUUGACGACAGAGUCGAAAGAAGAGAAAAUGUUCAAAAGCAACAAGAACUCGACAGACAAGUUCGUGUACAUGGAUUAACAUCGAAGCCGCAAAAAGUCGAUGACGUCGUUACCAAGUUCAUGCAACGUUUUGAUCUCUCGUUUGAUGACGUUGUAAGCUACACAAUUAAAAAUAUUGAUAGUAGAUGGACUAUUUUCAUUAAGUUGUCAGACAAUUUGGCAUUGAGAAAGAUUUUGACAUCAAAAACUAAGAAAAUUCGCUUAAGUUAUUUAACUGGAUCUACAGCUGAACAUUUGAUCGAUGCAAAGGUAACUUGGAAGCGAGCUUUGACGGAAUUCAAUCAUAAAGUUAAUAAGCAACUACAAGAAGCUUACAAAAAGAAGAUCAUUCAUCAAUUUGAGUUCGCUGAUCACAGGUUCCGUGUUAAAGUUGACCAAUCUUCAUUUUGGGUGCCAAUUGAGUGUAUCUACGAUUUGUAUGAAAUUCUAAAGACAAAAAAGUAACAAUUUUAACCGAAACUAAAGACAAGCAUGCACAAAGUCAAUAAUGAUAGUUUGAACACAUCAACAAGUGUCAUGUCAGUCAGCAGUGGAUCUAGGAUAUAAAUAGUUGAAAAUGACUGACCAAAGAUAAAAACAGAUUGCAAUUUAAGAAUAACUGC